GGUGAGCCCUUGUCCAGCUCGCUCUCAGUCACGUGACAGGUAAUCCAGAGCGGCAGUUCCGUGUUUACUGCGACAGACAGAGUGACAGGCUGGAUGGAUCCGUGAAGUGGCGUGUGCGUUUAUGGUUUUGCUGGAUCGUUUCCUGUGUGAUCGCUCUGGGGCGGCCCUCGGGGAGAAGCGGAGUGGCGCGGGGAGCUCCAGCACCAUGUUGAGCAGGGUCAGAUCGGCCGUGGCCAGUCUGGUGGGCGGCUUUAUGCCUGGCUCAGCCAGCAGCGCAGAGCGAGCGAGCGGCCCGGAUUUGCCGCUGAAGUUCCCGUACGUGAGGCCGGAGUUCCUGGGACUGUCCCCGGAUGAGGUGGAAUGCUCGGCGGAUCACGUGGCGCGACCCAUCCUCAUCCUCAAAGAGACCAAGAGGUUGCCAUGGGCGACGGGCUACGCAGAGGUGAUAAAUGCUGGGAAAAGUGCUGUGAAUGAGGACCAGGCCUGCUGUGAAGUCAUGGUGGUGAAGAAGAGGCCCACCGGAUCCUCCACACCCUGCAAACCGUCCAAGAGGAGAUCCUCACUGCCUAAUGGAGAGGGUCUCAGCCUUGCUGAGAGUUCAAUGGAGAAUGAGGAGCUGGUCUUCUACUACUGGGCUCUAUUUGAUGGGCAUGCUGGCUCAGGUGCGGCUGUAAUGGCCUCCAGAAUGCUCCAUCAGCACAUUGUGGAGCAGCUCCAGGAGAUUGUGGAUGUCCUGCACAACCUGUCAUCACUGCCACCCACUAUACUGGGAGAUAACCUGGAUCAUACCAGUACCCCCUGCAUGCCUCGAGCCCUUACACGAGCAUCCUCACUGCGUAACUCGCCCUGCACAGCUGCACCACGCUUUUUCACAGAGAAGAAGAUCCAGCAUGAGAGCCUGGUGAUCGGCGCUCUCGAGAAUGCCUUCAAAUACAUGGAUGCCCAGAUCGAGAGGGAAAAGGCUGUGUAUAAUAUCACAGGUGGAUGCACUGCACUCGUGGUGGUGUUCAUUCUGGGCAAGCUGUAUGUGGCCAAUGCAGGGGACAGCAGAGCUAUCAUAAUCAGGAAUGGUGAGAUCAUCCCUAUGUCUGCAGAGUUCACUCCUGAGUCAGAGAGACAGAGACUGCAGUUCCUGGGUUACAUGCAGCCUCAUCUGUUAGGGGGAGAGUUCACACACCUGGAGUUUCCUAGGAGGGUCCAGAGGAAGGAAGUGGGCAAAAAGAUGCUGUACCGUGACUUCACCAUGAUGGGCUGGGCGUAUAAAACCAUCGAGGAUGAGGACCUCAGAUUCCCUUUAAUAUACGGAGAAGGAAAGAAGGCUCGAGUGAUGGCAACAAUCGGUGUGACUCGUGGGCUCGGUGAUCACGACCUCAAAGUGCAUGACUCCAAUAUCUACAUUAAACCAUUUCUGUCUUGCUGUCCUGAGGUGAGAGUAUAUAACCUGACGCAGUAUGAGCAUGACAUCAAUGACGUGCUAGUGAUGGCCACUGAUGGCCUGUGGGAUGUUCUUUCAAACGAGGAAGUGGCAGAGUACGUCACUUCUUUCCUCGCCAACUGUGACCGAGACGACAAGCACAGGUACACCAUGGCAGCGCAGGACGUGGUGAUGCGUGCUCGGGGCGUGCUCAGGGACCGUGGAUGGCGCAUAACAGAUGACCGCCUUGGCUCCGGAGAUGACAUUUCAGUUUACAUCAUCCCACUUAUGUAUGGUAACCGACAGCUAUAGAGCAUGGCACUUGCUCUCGCUGUCUCUCUCUCACACAGACACACACACACCACACCCUGUGAUACUCAAUGUACAGUGUUCCUCUUUUUGUUAAAAAAAAAAAAAGAAGGAAAAAAAGAGGAACAAGUGUGUGUGUGUGGGGGGGGGGGGGGGGUGUUCCCUUUUUGGAAAAAAAAAUUGUAAAGUUCCUAUGGCCCAUCACCUGGUUAUGUGACUCCAGACCAAUCCACAGUUACACAGUGAUGAGUUGUCUUUUAUGUCUGACUUUUUGCUGGAUGAAGGCAGGUUUUAUUAACAUAUUUCUGAUUGAAUAACAGGAGAUAUGGAUGUGAGAGAGUGCGAAUGCUUCUAAAUUGGUAAUUCUUUCCUAUUCAUUCCUUAAUGUUUAUUGUUUUCAUUCAUAUCCCAGAGUGCCGCUCAUUAUAUUUCGUGAAUUUAUUAAUUAAGCAAUAUAGUAGGUAUAUUUUAAUGAUUGUAUGUUGUUAAAAAUACAACAGAUAAUCGGAGCAGAUUGAAGUCAACGAUAAUCAUUUUCAGCUUCAGAACAUCUCUCACACACACACACACGUUAUGAUUUGACAUUUGUGGCACUUUUAAACCCAGAUCACGUGAUCAUUGGGAAGGUCAGUUUAUCUUUGAAAGAUUCAUUAUUUACUUAUUCAACCAUGACCAAAAUACAUAACCUCUCAGGAUGACAUUGGUGCAUAUACUCUGUGUGUGUGUAUACUGCCUAUAUAUACUCAACACCAUCCAUAAACAAUGCAUUCUGUGUAUAUUGUAUUUUUCGAAACACCUUUUCUGUCACUACAAUUUGAGUCAUGGGAUAUUCAUAGACAACAGUUUACACAUUUGUAAAGUACACUCACUUGCCACUUUUUAAGGUAAACUUAUCUGGUAUCUCCACUCAGCGGCCAUUUUAUCAGGUUAACCUUCCAUCAGUAAGUGUAGGUGUAUAGUUACUGUGCUAUGGACAAUUCACCAGCUCCUGUCUCCUCCACCCUUUAGUUUAGUGGAAAGGGACCACCAGAGGGCCUCUGCAACAUGACACUCCCAAAAUGAACUGUAGAAAAUAAACACACCUGAUAAAAUAACCAGUGAGUGUAGAUACACAUUGUGUAUUGUGUCUUGAUAAACUACUAACUCUGUGUAUGUCUCUAAAAUUUAAAACCUAUUACUCGUGUUUGCUAUGUCACACCACUUGAGCGCGUUCCAUUGGGAUAUUCUAACAUAAAUAAGCAAAGCAUUUCACAAACAUUUCCAGCCGAUCAGAUUCGAGAUGGAUCUUAAACUGAAUGCUAACCAACGACGUGAGAGGGGUUAGUUUAGCUAAAACUACGACUACUACUGCUGUACAUGAGAGAGGAUCUAAACGCCUAAACCCAUGCCUGUAAUACAUUCCACUUCCAAUAACGCGCUUGCAUGGAAAUUCAUUGUGCAGUAUUGUAAAUACUUUGAGAGAACAUGCUUUUCUAUACAGUAGGUCGGUGAAUUCACAGUUGCGAUUUCAGUUUAUUAGACAACCAUAUUAAACUUAGACUUUUCAUGUAAAGUGCUAUGAGCGUUAUUUGCUCACCAUGUGCUGAACUGCAUGUUUGUAUCUAUGGCUAAAAAUGCAAGGAUGUUGUUAAUCAUUCCGAAAACUAUGCCACGCCAUGCCAACCCUGCAAAUAGAAAAACUGUUAAACUCAGGGGUUUUAUGGGGUUAACGGUAUGGAAAAUAUGAAUGCAAAAACACAAAUGUUAAUGCUGCUUUGAAAUUAGAAGCAUAAAAAUGUUGUAUGUGGCUCCUUAUCUACAGCACAGUCUUAUGGGGGGAAAUAUUUAAUGUGCGGAAUUGGCAGAUGUCUCCAAAACCGUGUGUAUGCAGUUGAAAUGUGGGUAUUUAUGACAGAGUUCCCACAGAUUGGUUUGUGUGAAGUGCCAAAUUGAAAAUGAAUAGUAUAUGUGAGUUUAAGAGCCCCUUAUUUGUAAAGUGAUCUCAUUUAUUAUUAUUUUUUUUAAAAUGGAAGAACUUCUCAAGUGAAUUUUGUCUAUGUAUAUAUUAACUGUUUCCAGACUUUUUGAUACAUUUGGGAUGUCACCACAAAAUGAGUCCAGUAUUGUAAGUUAAUUCCGAGAUAGAUAUAGCCAUUUGAAAUGAGUUUAUCAAAAAGUGACCCACAUAUUGUUUUCUAAUUUUGUCGUAAUUAAAAAUCCUUAAAUUUAAAUCCUUUGCUAAACCCUUAAUCUAUAAUGUAUCUGUUACCAAAAUAUACUGUAAAAAUCCUAUAAAUAUGAUAAUUUUUAAGUUAAAGGCCAAAUAAAUGUGUGCUAUUUCAGUUUACGUCUGACAGGAUUUACAGCUGAUUUUCUCCAAACUUGAUUUCCUGUUAAGAUGAUCAUACCUUAAACAUUUUUGUUAACUUGUCCGGAUUGGCUGCACCAAAUUUAACAAACAGCUCAUUUGAAAUAUAAUUAACUGUAGACUAUCCAAUAAAACAACUUUUCUUUUAUGAACUAAUUUUGUGGUGACACCCCAUUUACUAACUUGUUUCCUUUCCCUCAAAACUGUAAAUUAUAAUUUUGCAGGCGAUGUGGGGUGGGUAUUUAUUUCUAUGUACUGUAUCAGGUCAGUAUAGUUCUAACGAGUGUGAUCUUUGGUAAUUUACACUUGAUUCUCCCAUGUGAAUGUGAAAUGUACAUUUUGUAAUGUUGAUAAAGUGAAAGGAUAUUUUUAAUGUUUAUGUAUUUUAUGUAAAAUUUUCACCUCCAUGUUUUUUGUUCCCUCCCCCCAAAAAAAAAUAAAUAAAAUGAAGACAUGGCUUCUCUGUUCACGUUCA